CUCUAUCAAAAAAUGGGAAUAUUUUGUGUGUAAGCAAUUUCUUCGGUUUCUCCCAAUAAAUACGACACACGGUCGAAGCUCUGUGGAGACGGGCUGCCUGCAUCCUAUCGUCGGCGAUUCUCGUGUUUUUCUUCUCAUCGUGUUUCAUCCAAAUGGCUGCGUCCACCAUUCCGGCUGCUGAAUCUGCGGAUUCAUCUAAACCGGCGGCUCACAUCGUGCACACCGAGAGGCCUCAGGACGAGGAGCCUGAGGUCUACCACCUCCGAACUCUCUCCGCCGUCCUUGGCAGUGAGGAGGCUGCCAAGGAGGCGCUUCUGUACAGUUAUAAGAACGCUGCGAGUGGAUUCUCUGCCAAGCUUACUCCAGAGCAGGUUGAAGAAAUGUCAAGACAGCCAGGAGUUCUUCAGGUUGUCCCAAUCCGGAAGCUUCCGCUUCAUUCUGGGUCAGGGAAGUCUCAUUUUAGACCAGGAAAUCUACACCCGAGCACUUAAAACCUUUUUUCACUCUAAAAAAAUAUAUGUAUCUUAAAGUUGUGUAUAAUCUAUAAACAAGUCUACUCCAAUCUCUGUACCUGUGACACUGCUGGUGGAUUCCAAAUAGUCUUGAAAUCUGUCUUUACAUGCAGACCCUUUCAUGAUUGUU